CACAGCACGUCGUUCGCAUCAAUCGAAUUCAAUGUCGGGAGCCUGGUUCUGCUUUAUUGUUGGCGGCGUGGUGCUGCUAAGUGCUGGAAAUUUGGUUGCAGCAGAAGGUGAAGGGGAAAGCUUGGAACCAUGCUGCAAUAAUGAUCUACUGAUGCCAUCUGUGACUGUCUCACUUACUAACUUGCCUGAUAAUCUCACCCUAUGCACAUCCAAUUCAAUGACUGAUGUUGCUAUUCCUUACAAUGAACCAAUAAAUGUGACCUACUCGUGUCAGAUUAGCAGCGGUACUAUAUUAUGGCAGUUGGGUGGAUGCAGAACAGAUCGAAUGAAUGGCAGCAUAACCUACCAAAUGGUGGACAAUGACCAAUUUUUUAACCAUGGUGUCAUCAUACAAAAUGGCUUAUCAUCCAUGUCUACAUUGAACCUUCUUCCUGAAGGAAGGCAAUUUCUAAGGAAUCAGUUGCAGUCAGAUGUCAUCACUAUUCAGUGUUCGGCUGUUGUGGACAACCUGAACGUAUUUGGUGGUGAUGUUUAUCAACUGCAUCUCUAUGAUCAUCCAUGUGCACCGAAAGGUUUGGUUGUGUAUCCCAAGAACAGCUCAUUGAACUUGCUGCAAUGGAACAGGCCAAACUGUGUUAACAUUAAUGAACUUGUUUUGCUAAGAUACAGAGUAACUGUUGAAAGGAUCGACAACGACAUGAUUAUUUUUGAGGCUACAACAAAUUAUACUUGGAUGGAGGUAUCCCUUCCCAUAGUUGCAUGUGAUGAGCCUUUCCUGUUUUCUGUUGUGGCUACAAGUGAAUGUACAGAGAGCAGUGAACCUGCAACUGUGAUUGCUACUAUACCGCCACUUGUUGACAUCAAGGAUGUAAGAGAAACGUUGCAUAUUACCAUUGACUUGGGAGAUGUGGGAGCAGUAUGUAUAGUAUUGUUAUUAAAUCAUACAUUAUCCGAGGCCUGUAGACAAGAUAAUGCGGAACCUGGAUCAAGUGGUCUCUUGCUGCCACUGUGUCUCAACUACACAGCCAGUGCUUUGGGAGGGAAUGCCACUGAAUCAGUAUACACCUGCAUGGACAACGAGAGUCUGGAGAUCAGACUUUGCUCUCCAGACUUCCAGCAGAAUAUGAUAUAUGAAAUCUACCUCUCUGCAUGUGAUGGGACCAUUGAUGUCUGCCAAGACCUUCCUCCAAUACCAAUAAGCACGGCUCAGUUGCAGAGUGCCAGCAUAGUUUUCUUUGGAACUGUUGCUCAAUUUUCUUGUGCCUUUGCUGAUAAUAUACCUAUUACCUCCAAUGCCUUGUGUGAGUUUACUCUUUACAUGGCUGACGGGUCAGAAGAAAAUUAUAUGAUUCAACCAGCGACUACCAAACAUCUCCCUGUUAAAGAGACAAGAAAUGCAUACGUGAGGUUUAUGGCCAGGUAUGGUGGCGAAUCUCUAUCCCCUACUGUGACAGUUAGAACAGGGAUUGAGGGCGCCUCAGCUGAAUGGUCAACUUUCACCUCCCAGCUUAAACUCAGCUGCUCCCUGUCUCCUAGUAAUCCAGCAAUGGGCUGUAUGUUUGUAAUGCUAAGUUUAUCCUCUGAGGAAACUCUGGAGACUAUAUUAGUACAGCCUGGGACCAGUGGCUGCACUAGCGCUGCCUAUGAAAUAAGUUGCUGCGAUGUGGAAUGUGCAGUCACAUCUCAGGCUAGGUAUAGAGUAUAUGGAAUACAUGGAGGGCACGUGGACUCUUCCAUUGCGUUUGAGGGUAAUAUCACAGAGAAUGACCAGAACAAUCUGUGCCCCACCCCAACCACAGAAGUACCACUAUUAUCUACCAUUACUCUAACAACAACAGUCACCAGAACUGAAUGCCCAACUUCUACUAGCCCCGCCGUAAUUAUCAGAGAAACAGAAGGUAUAUAGGAGUUGAAUGUGGGCAGUUUUUAAGUAAAAAAGGUUUAAUGAUGCGAAUUACGAAAAAGAUGCCUAAUAAACACUCCCAUUCAUAACCACAUCCCUACUAAUUUGAGAAUCCAUUUUGGCUGUACCAUCUGUCUGUAGUCUGGUGUAGCCUGUAGUCAGGUGACAGUAGCAUCAACGACCCGUAGCCUCUGCAACUAUAGUGACCCAUCAAAGGAAGGAAUUCCUUCUGUGAUGAUAAGUGCAAUACUUAGUAGUGAGCCAGAGACACAAAUUUAGGGGUCAUGUCUGGGAUUUAAGGUAGGCCAGGAUAGUGUUAUCCUAGCACUUACAGUCCCAAUCUCAAACUGUGCCUAUUGACAAUGUGUCACUGGGGGGUUGGUUGAAUGAAGACACACACAUGCAUCAUCGUGUAUGUGUCUGUCUCCUCACAGAUUUCUGGGUAGUGUCAAUAGUUUUACUUGAACGAAUGCAUGGCAUUUUGACUAGCGAAUUUGAGAGUCACACUUCAAUUUAAGAGUUAAGUGGUGCAUCAGUGCUGUCAUCGUCCACCUAGACAUUGAGAGAGAGUGAUGGUCAGGGGUUUAUACUGUCUACUUGUUGCUCUGUUCAAUCCUUUCUAGACCUUAAAAAAUGUGAUCUGUCAUGAUCUUUCCUCCCCUCGUCCCUUAUCAGUUGAGGAAGUUGGUCUCUCUGGAGGACCUGUAGCAGGUGUCGCUAUUGGCAGUAUAUGUAUAACUGCAACGAUAAUUGCGGUAUGU